UAGUGGGCACCCUGUGGAGAAACCGCUGUCAAUAGUUAUUAUGAUGAUUGCUCACUGGAAUCAAGCUUUCAAGAUCGAAAAAGUACAUUUUUUCUUCAUAAAAAUGGGUUCAGAUGAAGCUUUGUCAUACAUAGAUGUAUCUUCUCCAUAUGGUAAGAAAAAUCAGUUCUUAAAGACUACUCAUGAAAAAAGCAAAACUUGAUACACAGCUCAACCCUCCCUCAAAUAUAUACAUAUAGCAAGAAAUGAUUUGGUGGAUAAGUAUCUGGUUCUUAUUCAUGAUAAUAUGAUCAUCAUCAUUACAUGCUUUUUACAGAUGACUUCCACUGCAUAUAAUGAUUUAGCCUACUUGGUGGAUAAUUUUCGGUUUAAUGUUUGUAUCAUCAUCAUUCUCAUCAUCUUAAGCCUGGUUUUCACUGCGGUGCAAUUUAAGAUACCUUAUUUCAGUGAAAACAAGUCAUGAAAUAAGCACCAACGCAACUAGUGCCAUGCCCCUUCUGUACUGUGGUGAUUGUUAAGAUUGGUCACAUGACAUGUAAUAAUCAUCCGCCACUGUUGCUCUUGCACUGUGUUUCAUUUUCACUGGCGCAGCAUAAGUGCAAGGACAAGCGCAAGCAUAACAAAAAAGAAAAUUUUUGAUCCUUGUGCUUGUGCUUAUGCUUGUGCUUAUGCUUGCAUUAGAAAGUUUUCAAGGUAAAAUAAGGCUGUUUUAUUUUAAAUUUUUGAUCCUUGUGCUUGUGCUUGUGCUUGCACUUAUGCUUUGCCAUAGUGAAAACCAGGCUUUAAUGAUCAUUGCAUGUGAUCAUCAUGCAACAUGAACAUUUUUAUUCAUGUUAAAGAUGAUUUUAGAAAGCUACGACCUGAAUAUCUUGACAAAUUUAUUGCUGAACAACUUCAACCCAAUGAAGAAUUUCAUAAUUUAGCUUCCACUGCUUUGGAAAACCUUUAUCAUUACCUUCAAAAAAGUAUGCAACCGCAAACUGUGAAGAGGCUUAUAAAGGUAGGCAAAAAAUAUCAUUCAAUCCUUGUGCACCAAACUUUGUAAAAGACCCUGUUUUAUAAACAUUAGACCUUAAUAUUAUGAUAUUUCUUCCAUUAUUACAAUAGGUUUGUCAUUUUGCUUUGUUGGAUACACAAAUAGAUUUCCCAUGGACAAUUUAUAUAAAACAAUCGACCCAAAACAGUGUCACCCACUUCAGGGGCCAAUCCAGGGGGUUCUGCAUUCAAGUAGCACUCCCCUGCAAAAUAUGCCGAACCCCCCACAACCUUCCCCUGAAUGAUCCUUUUACCUUCCAUUUUUCCCAAUGAAAAAAGCAAUAAAUGACAUUUCUUGCUUUCAAAAAUGGAUGCUGUCACAUGUUCAAACAAAUCAUGUUUUUUUACCUACACAGGGAGGAUCGAUGGGUAAAGGAACUGCAUUAAAAAGCAGGUCAGAUUUAGACUGCAUUAAAAAGCAGGUCAGAUUUAGACUGCAUCCUUGUCAUGAAUGGUGUCAGAGAUGCUCGUGAUUUAAAGGAGAAAAUUGGUGGAAUUUUAGCUCAGCUCUGUGAUUUUCUUAACAAAAAUCCGUUAAAAAAACGUGGUUGGGGAAUCAGGAUCAUUAGGGACAACAGAUUCAUGGUGCAGAUUGAGAUGCGACAUUUAAACCGGAAUAAAGCUGUAGAAGUUGACAUUUUGCCAACAUUUGAUGCAGCCGUGAACAACGGAAAUUCUCUCCGCAAGCUUUAUCGUUCCAUGGCAUUAUACGACUAUGACACACAACAAUUCUGCUCUGCAGCACUAGCAACGUUACAGCGUGAUUUUAUAAAGACUAAGCCAACUAAACUCAAAAGUCUUAUCCGUCUGGUGAAGCACUGGUGCAAGAUGUAUCUACCAUGGGAAUAUGGACAGCCGCGGGUGCCUAAUUCAUACCUGUUAGAACUUCUGACGAUCAGUGUUUGGGAGAAUGCAGGAAGCCAACAUUCGUUUCCUACAGCCCUAUUGUUCAAAGAUGUAAUGGAAGCAUUGUAUAAUCACAGGCAGCUAAAUGUCAAGUGGAAUACGUACUACUCGCUAUCUGGGAAUCUAUCUGGAGGAAAGCCCUGUAUAAUGGAUCCUGCUAACCCAUACAACAACGUGUAUGACGUUGUAGGAGACUGGAAAAGAGUGAAAAGAGUAGCCAGAGAAACGUUAAAGAAGCCGCUGCUACGGGAUUACAGUAGAUCUGUUUUGGAUACUGACAAUAGCAGAUCGCCAAAUUGCUGUAUUUUAUUUAUUUUGUUGUUGCUUAUUUGUUUAUUUUUAUUUUAUUCCAUUCUUUCUCCUGGUGACGCUGAGCUCCUCAUUGUCCAGACCGCCGUACAAGUAGCACGGACUCAUACCACUGUUCUUGUUUGUAACGAUACUGACCUGCUUGUGCUACUGAUUUACCAUGGACAGAUGAAUGUUGCUACUGGCAAUAUUUGUGUCCAGCCAGAAAGCCUUCCACCAACUUAUGCUGCUGCGUGCUUUCACAGCCUAAGUGUAUAUCAUCAGGUGCAGCAUUGGAAAGGAACUAAUCUACCUCCACAAGAAUGGGGAUGGGAGAUGAUCAUGAAGGGUGGAAACGCACCAACCUGCCUGCUGCCCAUGCAUUGUCACUGCUGGAAAUCAUACGCUACAUUGGGAAAACUACAGACAGACAAGGAACAGGUCAAAGAGGUUAUGAUCAUUUACCAUCGUGAUAAAUACACCACCAAAGAUGCCUUUCAACGUGAAAAUUGCGGUAUCUUUUUCGAUUCUUAUCAAGCUGAGGUUUCAUUGGAGGCUUUGGCUUACAAAUCUUCUCCGUACGAUGACUUUAGAGAACUACGACCUGCAUAUCUUGACAAAUUUAUUGCUGAGCAGCUUCAACCAGAUGAAGAAUUUCAUAGCUUAUUUUACAAUGCUUUGGACAAACUAUGUCGCUACCUUCACCAAUAUAUGCGACCGCCAACUGUAAAAAGGCUUUUAAAGGGAGGAUCGAUGGGUAAAGGAACUGCAUUAAAAGGCAGGUCAGAUUUAGACUGCAUCCUUGUCAUGAAUGGUGUCAGAGAUGCUCGUGAUUUAAAUGAGAAAAUUAGUGAGAUUUUAAACCAGCUCAGAAGGCUUCUUAGCACAGACCCCUUAAUAGAUCAAGGCUGGAGAAUCAUGAUCACCAGGGUUAACGAUUUCAUGGUGACAAUAAAGAUGAAACAUUACCGAUGGAGUGAAAGUGUAGAAGUUGACAUUUUGCCAACAUUUGAUGCAGACGUCUAUCGAAAAGAUUCUCGCGACCAGCUUUAUAAUUCCAUGGCACUAUACGACCGGUAUACAGAAGCCUUAUGCUCUGCAGCACUAGCAGAGUUACAGCGUGACUUUAUAAAGCAGAGGCCAGCUAAGCUCAAAAACCUUAUUCGCCUGGUGAAGCACUGGUGCAAGACGUAUCUACCAUUGGAAUAUGAUGGACAGCCGCGGGUGCCUAAUUCAUACCUGUUAGAACUUCUGACGAUCAGUGACCCUCAGUGCAGGGACUUGACUCGGCGAAGGAUUAAAGGAAAGUGGCCCUGUAUAAUGGAUCCUGCUAACCCUUACGCCAACGUGUAUGAAGUUGUGAGAGACUGGAAAAGGGUAGAAAGAGUAGCCAGAGAAACUUUAAGGAAGCCGCUGCUACGGAAUUACAGGAGCUCUGUUUUGGAUACUAGAGAUGAAGAUGAAGAGGAAGUUUAUGAAGAAAGCAGUUCUGCAAGUUACUGUUUUGAUUUUAGGAACGCUAAAAUAGCUCCUAAAAGGAAAUCGCAUUUCUUGAACAAAUUAAUCAGUGCAGAACUUCAAACGAACAAGGAGUUUCGCGACCUGAUAUCAAACGCCACCAACGAUUUAUGCCAUCAUAUACAGCACAAUUGUGACUAUUCGGCAAAUAGAAUGAUUAAGGGUGGAUCUUUAGGAAAAGGAACCGCUUUGAAAGGCACAUCAGACCUUGAUUGUGUUUUGGUGCUAAAUGAAAUGAAAAACGUCGAGGAUCUCAUACAUGACAUUGAUGAAGUCAAAGGUGACCUUAAGAGUUGCUUGGACACUUUACCAGCACGGUCGGCUCAUCAACAUGGCUGGAAGAUAACAUUUGAACGCAUGACACCGUUUAGCGUACAGUUCACUAUGACAAAGAUAUCGUCGCCAAGUGGGGUUGUUGAAGUUGACCUCCUUCCAACUUUUAACAUACCAGAAUCUGAUUUGAAUGAAAUCUACAGAGAAAUGAGAUUAAAAAACGCGAACACUCGGCGAUACUACUCAGCAGCUCUCACAGAGCUUCAAAGAGAUUUUGUAAAAGAACUGCCAGCACGUAUUAAAGAUCUUAUUCGCCUUGUUAAAUACUGGUGUAAAAGGUUCGUAAAACAAGGCAAUAUUGCCCAUGCACCCAGUUCCUACCUACUCGAACUUAUCACUAUCCAUGCCUGGGAAAAGGUUGACAAACCAACAACUAUUAACAUGGCCAUAGCAUUCAAGGCUGUAAUGGAGGAAUUGAAUAAUUACCAAAAUCUCAACGCAGUUUGGCAUCGCUACUACCAGGAAAAUCAAGAAAUGAGUGAUCAUAAGCUGCCACGAGUUAUCGAUCCUGCAAACCCAUACAACAAUUUAUGUGAUGGAGUUGACUGGAUGGAAGUAGCAAGAAUUGCAGAGGAAACGAUGCGCAAGCCACUUUUCCAAGAUAUCCCUAUAACAAGUCAUUGGUGUAGGGGUCCUCCACCAAGGCCCUCCAGAAGGAGACGACUGAGGCAGAUGACUGCUCUUUGCUACGCAAGUGACGAUGAGUUUAAUGACUUUAGAUUUUAAUCACUUAUCAAUAUAUUUAAAAAAUAGUACACGGCUUCCUAAACCAUGCAUUGAUGUUAUUUGCACAAAAUAGUUAUAUUAUAGUUAAAUGAU